GAAGACACACGGCCGGAGCGCACGUUUCUUUCAUAACACCAACAACACUUCAAUCGCGUAACGAUGGCCCCUAAGAGCAAGAAGGCUGGCGACACCAUCGCCUCGCGCCUGGCGCUUGUGAUGAAGAGUGGAAAGGUCACUCUUGGCUACAAGACCACCAUCAAGACCCUGCGUUCCGGCAAGGCCAAGCUGGUUAUCAUUGCCGCCAACACCCCUCCCCUCCGCAAGUCUGAGCUCGAGUACUACGCCAUGCUCGCCAAGACUCCCGUUCACCACUUCUCUGGCAACAACAUCGAGCUGGGAACUGCCUGCGGUCGUCUCUACCGCUGCUCCACCAUGUCCGUCCUUGAUGCUGGUGACUCCGACAUCCUUACCAGCCAGUAAGCGAUGGGGGUUGGGAUCGGUUAUGUCUGAACGAUGGGUGUCUGCUUAAACGCAGUACAUCAUGAUGUUUUAGAUAAUGACGAUAUAAAAAUCCAAAACUUAAAAGGCUAUUUUUCUACUAGUAAAGGAAAUAUACUUAGCCGUAUGUAUUAGAUGAUAGUCACAGUCGGAGUAACUCUUGUACUUGAAACGUUCCGAUGUUCUUUGAAAUCUGACAAAUGCGGAAAUGCGUCAUAUCCCGCUCCGGGCGGUGAUUGGUUGAGAGGCUAGGGCUUAGGGUUUUGCCACUCGUUAGCGGGAGUUGAU